CUAGUUACCCUCUACAAGACUACAACCAUAUUUGGUCCCACCUAAAACUCAUAUUAUAUAAUAAUUGUCACCCAAAAACAUAUUUUCUCUCACAUCAUCAUAGAAAUCAAAAUCAGUUCUUUCAAAAAGGUCAAAAAUGGGAAAUUAUCACUUACAUUUCUUUACCUUAAUCAUAGUAAUUUACUCCUUAAUUUUCAGUCUCCUACCACUUAAUCUCCAUGCUAAACCACCACCAAAUCCAGUCCAAUGUAAUGAUACCUUAUGCACUCUUCAUAACGCCUAUGGUUUAUGGGGAGAUAGAAGAGACUGCGUCUCUCCAACAAUAAGCUACCCAACUACUGAAGAACAGCUAAGAUUAGCUGUUGCUAAUGCUACCAAAAAUAAACUCAAGGUAAAAGUGGUGACCAAAUUUUCACACACUAUACCAAAACUGGCAUGUCCUAGUAGCCAAUCAGACAAGACAAUGCUAAUAAGCACAGAAUUAUAUAGUUCCGGGAUUGAUAUUGAUGUGAAAAAAAUGGUGGUAACAGCUGAUGCAGGGGUGAGUCUAAGAGACUUGAUCAACAAGGUAGAGGGCGCCGCGUUGAGCUUAGUCGCGGCGCCCUACUGGGAAGGGGUGACGGUGGCUGGCUUUAUAAGCACCGGAGCCCACGGGAGCUCGUGGUGGGGAAAGGGUGGAGCCGUCCAUGACCAUGUUGUUGGUAUUAGCCUUGUGGUUCCUGGGAAGGAGUCUCAAGGGUAUGCUAAAGUCCUUAUGUUGGAGGGUAGUGACCCUCUUUUUAAGGCUGCUAAGGUUUCUUUGGGUGUUCUUGGGGUCAUUUCUAAGGUAAAGUUAGCACUGGAACCAGCUUUUAAAAGAAGCAUAACGUAUAGUUUUACAAAAGAUGAUAACUUAGAAGAAGAGUACGUAAACCAUGCCAAGAAAUAUGAAUUUGGAGACAUAACGUGGUAUCCAUCAAAGUACACCACAGUAUAUAGGUAUGAUAAUAGAGUUCCCUUGAAUUCCUCUGGAGAUGGACUCAAUGAUUUUCUUGGAUUUCAGUCACAAUCUGUUUUAGUCUCUGCAGCAACUAGAGCAAUGGAGAAAACAUUUGAAAGUACCAAAGAUGAGAAAAGCAAAUGCACAAUGGCAACAACAUUUAUGGCUUACAAGAAACUCAUAGCAAAUGGAUUGAAAAACAACAAAUUACUCUUCACAAGUUAUCCAGUUAUAGGCACUCAAGCAAACAUACAAACAUCUGGUUCAUGUUUAUAUUCUUCUCAUGUAAGACAAGACCUUACUUGUGCUUGGGAUCCUACAAUCAAAGGCCUCUCCUUCUAUGAAUCCACAGCCAUUUUUUCUACUACAAACUUCGGCGAUUUCGUUAGAGAUGUUAAGAAACUAAGAGACCUAAUUAGUCCACAAAAACUUUGUGGCAUUGAUAUAUACAACGGCUUUUUAGUUCGUUUUAUCAAGGCAUCAGAUGCAUAUCUUGGACAAUCUGAGGAUUCUAUUGUUGUUGAUUUCAAUUAUUUUCGCGCUGAUGAUCCUAAAACUCCAAGACUAAAUCAAGAUGUGCUUGAAGAAAUUGAGCAAAUGGCAUUCUUCAAGUAUGGAGCUAAGCCACAUUGGGCUAAAAACAGAAACUUGGCAUUUUUAGGUGUGCCUAAGAAAUACCCAAAUUGGAGUAAAUUUAUUGAUGCAAAGAAACAACUUGAUCCUCAAGGUAUGUUUUCUAGUGAAUGGUCAGAUGAAAUUUUGUAUGGAAAAGAGAUAAAAAGAGAGGAUGGAUGUGCUUUGGAAGGUUUAUGUAUCUGCUCAGAUGAUAGACAUUGUAGUCCUUCUAAAGGUUAUGUUUGUAAGCCAGGUUUUCUGUAUUAUGAGGCUAGAGUUUGUAGGUUCUCACAAGGUGAAGUUUCGAAUUUAAUUUUACAAUGAGAAAUUGUUUUAUGAUAUUUACAUGUAAAUUUUCUUAUACAUUAUGGAUAUUGUUUAUGAUA